AUGGGCCCCCGUACCGACUCCUCAUGCUGCUGCCAGGCCCGUAAUCUGCCAUGGGCCCCCGUACCGACUCCUCAUGCUGCUGCCAUGGCCCGUAAUCUGUCAUGGGUGCCCCUGUGUACCGCCUCCUCAUGCUGCUGCCAGGUCCAGAGUGUGUCAUGGGUCCCUGUACGGCCUCCCAUUGCUGCUGUCCUCCAUCGCCACACUCUGCCAUGUUGUGCCACUUUCAGGUCUCCUCACCACUGCUGGGGUUUUCCAUUUUUUCAUAGGGUGCUGUAUGGCCUCCCAUUGCUGCUGCCUCCACCGCCACACUGUGGCUCCUCCACACUCUGGUUUUGGCCCCGUGACUGCCCAAAUGAGUGAAGUUGUUGCGGGUGAUUCUAAGAUCGACGGCACUCAUCUGCAUGUCAUACUGACUGACAGUAUUAUUUUUCUCUUCCCAGCAGACUCCAAGGGCAUUUAAAAUUAAAGGUACAGUGUUCUGCAAUAAUAUAA